UAUAAUUUAAUAAUAUUUCAAAAAACUAUUAUUAUAUAUAAAAAGUAUUAAUAUGCCACGAAAGAAGCGUUCUUCAAGUCCAUUUGACAUAUUCGAUGAUGAUUUCGAUGAGGAUACGAGUUCUCAAAGUUCCAAGUGUGGAAACCCGCCGGUGCAGCGAAAUGCAGCAAACGCACGUGAAAGAGCACGUAUGCGUGUUCUUUCCAGUGCCUUUGGACGUCUCAAAACAAAACUUCCUAACAUUCCACCCGAUACCAAACUUUCUAAAUUAGAUACUUUACGUUUAGCUACAAUAUAUAUUAAACAGCUUAAAGCAGCUGUUGAAGGAGAUUCAAGUCAUGGUGAAAAUUUCAGUUCUGGAAUAAUUGGAGAACACAACAGUAUUUUUAAUAUGUCGAAUAGUUCACAAAAUAUGUCCUGGCCAUUUGGUCUACAUCAUAUACCAAGUAACAGUCGCCAAAUGUCAUUUCAGUACUCUACCAUGGAUUGGCAACACGGACAAGAUAUUAAUGUGCUUCCGAAGCCAAUGCGCAUAGAACCUGAUAAUAACUACACACAACCUCGACAUUUAAACUCCACAUCAUCAUCCACACACUGGUAUAUGAGUGAUAACUCGAUAUCGGAUGUGUGCGAUUAUUCCACCAAUUGCAUGUAUGAAAAUUUUAAUCAACAUAAUUCUCAUCCUAGAAGAUUUCAACACAGUCACCAUCAACCUCUACAACUCCAUCAUCCAAGUCAGGCACAUAAUAUAACAAGUCAAGCCAGCGCUCCGACGGCAUUACUUUAAUAAGCUUAAACUUUAAUAUAUUAUUUAA